AACAGCUUUUUAAAAAUGUGGUGUUUUUUUUAUUAAUUUACUGCGCAUUGCAGUUUAUUUCAAAAGGUCUAAGGUAAGGACUAAGAAAGGAGCAGAAAUGUGAAUUUAAGAUACACAAAGAUAAAAGAUGAACAAUUCAAGGUUAGGCUCAGGUCUUUUUGAUAAAUUGUGACAAUUACUGAUGUAUUUAAAUGUAUUUAUGGCACCGUCUCAAUCCUGAGAAGUAUACAAUAUUGUAGCACCACCACCGGGAUCUGAGACUGGUCACUCUUCAGUAUUAUGUCUACAGCCACUUUUGGAAGAUUCUUCCAGGCUGAUAAUGACCUUACAGUUGAGCUGCCAUGUUCAACUCUAGUCUCAGCAGUGUCCAAAGAAGGGUGUGGGUCAGGUCAUGCCAACUCGUUGGGGCUUCUGACCGGCUCUAAACUUGCCAUGGCAACCAGUCUAAAGAUGGUGGUAGCCCAAGUAGGGCUGAGUGAUGCAAUGCAACCCACAAAACAAAACAUGACUUGGUGUAUCCUACUGCUGGAUGCCAGCUAACAUCAUGGUCAGAUAUUACUUCAAACACUGCUGACCUAUUGCCUUUCCAUCUCAGGCGAGUGCAUCUAUGUUUUGGCCUUCAGCCCUUUUUUCCAGUGGCUCGUUGAGACAUACUAAUGGCAAGGAGCUCUGUGUAUCAUUGGAGGACUUCAGCUCAAUCUUCUGGUGUGUGGAGCUCUGAUGAGACCCCUUAAACCUAAGGCAUUUUCCCAAACUGCUUCCCUCAUGGUGGACCCAACAUCCAAGAAAGCUCCUUUCCAGUGCUUAAUGAUCCAGAGGCCUGAGCUGCUGCUGUACAUUGCCUUUGCCAUCUUGGCUGCCUCUGGUUUUUUAUUCCCACCUCUAUUUCUGGUGCUAUAUGCCAAUCACAAAGGUACAGAUCAAUACUGGGCUGCCUUCCUCCUCUCCGUUUUGUCUUUGGCUGAUCUGCUGGGCAGGCUGGCCUGUGGUUGGCUGGCUAAUUUGCGGGUGUUGAGGAACCACCAGGUAUCAGUGAUGGUGUCCAUCUUACUGGGAGUGGUGGUGCUGUUCCUGCCGAUCACACAUGCCUACUGGCCAGUCAUGGCUUUCACAACACUCUAUGGCUUCCUGUUUGGCUGCUUUGUGGCCGUCCACAUCAUAAGUAUAGUGGAAAUUGUAGAGCUGGCGGACUUUUACAGUGCUACUGCAAACCUCUGGGGCAUUCGUCGUGCCACCUGCUGCAGGUCAGUGUGUCCUAAUUUGUAUCUCUUGCGUUACAAACUUCUUUUCCAAUACAUUUACUCUAAAUGAUUUGUCUACGUGCUUUUUAGUAAAUGCAAUGCUUCAACCCAGGUCUC